CUCGAUGAAGAGUUUAUAGACGACAGACAACAACCAGACUGGAUGAGAGUUGCCUGUAUCGUAGACGUACAGCGACACGCUAUUGCCGGUCUUCCGUUGAAUAAGAAUCCUGCAUUCUUACAGAGAACGGUCUCGAUGGAUACUCCUGAGAGCACUACUCCAUCGCUGAUACAAGAAGGUUUUCCCGCAAGACCAUCAUCUGCUAGUGACUUAACGAGUGAAACGUCACCGAAUACCAUAUUGACGUCGGUUGCGGCGACAACAUUCGAAGCAACAACUCGUUUCGCCAUCACUGAACUCACCGCAUGUGUGCUCCACCUCGACUUCUGGGACGAAGACGAGCCGAACAGCAUAUUCUUCUCAAAAAUGACUUAUGACAUUGUGGUUUCUCAUUUGCAAAUUCCAGAGAAAGUGGCGAGAACCGUUAAAACUCAUUUAGAGGGUGAGGAGAAUAUUCCAGACAUUGCUACCUUGAUAACAACUAUCAAGGAUGAUCGUUUGGUGAAGGAAAACGGAACAAUUGUUGUAUUAAGCAGCUUGGUAGUGGCAUUUAUAAACUCUGGAAACUAUGAUGCAAGGUAUCGCGUGCUGCUAAGACACAUUGCAACGUUGCUUUCCGUAGUAUGGGAGGAGUUCGAAGAUAUCGAAGAUUCACUGACGAGUACGAUGCUUGACGAAGUCUACGUGGAGUCCGAACAAGCGAAGCAGAUUCGUGAAAAAACCCAGAGAAAGAAGAAAAUCAAGCGAUUCCUUCUUGUUGGUGCUGCUGGAGGGGUAGGAGGAGUUCUUAUAGGCUUGACAGGAGGGCUGGCAGCUCCACUGGUGGCUGCUGGUGCUGGCGUGCUGAUCGGCUCAGGUGCGGCGGGAUUGGCUACCACUGCGGGUGCGGCCGUCCUCGGCACAACGUUUGGAAUGGCUGGUGCAGGACUGGCCGGCUAUAAAAUGAAUAAAAGAGUUGGUGCGAUAGAAGAAUUUGCAGUGGAAGCUCUUUCUGAUGGACUUAGCCUUCAUUGUACUUUAGUCGUUUCUGGUUGGAUUGAAGAAGAUACGCCAUGUGAUGAGGCUUUUGAACGUCAAUGGAAACAGCUCAACAUGUCCAGGGAGCAGUAUACACUACGGUACGAGAGCAAAUACCUCAAAGAGUUAGGGAAAGCGAUGGAUUACAUCAUGAGUUUCGCUGUUUCUGUCGCCAUACAACAAACACUGAUGGAAACCGCACUUGCAGGCUUACUAGCUGCUGUUGCUUGGCCAGUGACCAUCCUCUCUGCGGCCUCAGUUCUUGAUAAUCCAUGGAGUGUUGGAGAACAUCUAGCAGAGGUUCUUCUCGGUCGAUCGCAUGGCAAACGACCAAUCUCGCUUAUUGGGUUCUCUCUUGGUGCACGAGUAAUUUAUCAUUGUCUUCUUGCGAUGAACAAAAGAGCGGAAUCGGCAGGUAUAAUCGAGGAUGUAAUUCUUCUGGGUGCGCCAGUGUCCGCUUCACCGAAACAGUGGUCACAAUUGUGUUCUGUCGUUGGCGGUCGUAUAAUCAACGGGUUUCUCUACAGGACAAUGUGUGUACAAUUCACGAUUGCCGGUACUGGUCCCGUCAAGGGUCAUCUGGACUACUCUCGAAAACUGACAGAGGUUCUUGCAGCUGUUGGUGUCAGAGUAAAGGAGCUUCCAACCACUGAAAUUUCUGAUGAAAUCGUUCGAGAAACUGGUGAUGAAGGCCAAGAUGCCUUAACAAGUAGGCCUUCCGUUCGGGACGGUGGCCAUAAGGAUUGUCUUCCAGCCGAGAGUAAUAAAGUAGCAGAAACCGCCGUUCGAGAUAAACUGGAUAUUGGAUGA